AAAAAGAAGAAACUGUAAACCAGUCAAAACAAGCCACUACCCAUCUGUCAAACCCCAACAUUCUCUCUAUAAAUCUCGAUCGUGUACCCGAAAUUUCCACAAUCCCUGGAACCAGAAAACUUGGAUGAACCCUUCAUGGUGCUGAUGCUGCUUAACUUGAAAGACUUUUAAUACCCAUUUGAUAAAACUUCUUCAACAACUGUAUAUGGCGGCCUCAAGCUUUAUCUUUAUCACGUUCAUCUUCGUUUACAGUUUCAUCAUACCUGUAGCCUUCACUGUUCCUUUCGUAGUUCUGCACGGCCUUAAUGAUAAAUGCAGUCAUCGAGGAGUCACGCGUUUCACUGAGCUUCUAAGCAGUUGGUCUAAUUCUCAGGGAUAUUGCAUAGAAAUUGGUGAUGGUGUGUGGACUUCUUGGACUAUGCUGCUUUUGGAACAGACAGAAAUAGCUUGUCAGAAGGUGAAGAAUAUGAAUGAACUAAGUGAGGGAUACAACUUAGUUGGACUUUCGCAGGGUACCAUGGUUGGCCGUGGGUUAAUUGAAUUUUGUGAUGGAGCACCUCCUGUUAGAAAUUUCAUAUCACUGGCGGGUCCUCAUGCCGGUAUUGCUUCAGUUCCAUUCUGCGAAUCUGGCUUGGUUUGCAUUCUUGUGGACUUUCUACUAGGGUUAGAGAUCUACAGCAAUUGUGUUCAGGAACACUUGGCUCCCAGUGGUUAUGUUAAAAUCCCAACGGAUCUUCGGAACUAUAUAAGAGGAUGUAGGUUUCUGCCAAAACUUAAUAAUGAAGUUAUUAAUAAAAGAAAUUCGACUUAUAAGGAACGGUUUGCUAGCAUAGAGAACUUGGUGCUGAUCAUGUUUGAGCAGGAUACAGUUUUAAUACCUAAGGAAACCUCCUGGUUUGGAUAUUAUCCAGAUGGGUCUUUUGCUACAGUUUUGCCCCUACAAGAGACAAAACUCUAUACGGAAGAUUGGAUUGGAAUGAAGAUCUUGGAUGAAGCUGGGAAAGUUAAAUUCAUUAAUGUCACAGGGGGUCAUCUGAAGAUCUCUAGAAGAGAUAUGAAGAAGUAUAUUUUACCAUACUUGAUAGACCAAGAACCUGCAAUAUCAUCAACCCAGUUUAUGGAAACAGCAAAAUCUUCUUCAUCUUAUACAUCACUUUCAUCUGUCUGGAACUUUUUCUUAACCAGUCUCCCCAUGGAUCAACAUUUGUUGCGCGUCGUAAACUGAAUUAUGGGUCAUUAUUUCCUACUUGCUUUGAGAUUAUUCAUGUUGUCACACGAUGAAUGAUCAAUAAUAUUUAAACAUAAAACAUUUUCUUCAUGGCUAUGGAGUUAAUAUGUGGAGUUGUUCUC